AUGGAUAACAGCUAUUACACACUGACGGAGGACCAACUCCAGUUUUACGAGGAGAAGGGAUACUUGCUCAUCCAGGGCUUCUUCAAUCCUCCUGAGACCAAGGUCCUACAACAGUGGACUCAGGAAGUACACGACCUCCCAAGGACUCCAGAUGCAACUUAUAUGCCCUAUGAGGAAGUCAAUGCCGAAGGCAAAAGGGUCCUCUGCCGCACAGAAAACUAUGCCAAUUCUCAUGCUGGCUUCGACAGUUUUCUGCGUGGUGAACGCAUCUUAAGCGUUCUACGUCAGCUAGCUACAGAGGACAUGAUCCUAUUUAAAGAGAAGAUUAACUACAAACUCGCUGGUAGUGGUGGCUUCUCUCCUCAUAUCGACGCCAAUGCAUACACCCACGUCAAGAAAAUUAAGCACCUGACGGUGCUUGCUGCUGUUGACGAGAUGACCUCAGAGAAUGGUGGACUUGACGUGGUCAACGGCAGUCACCUUACGGAGGUACCGCUUGGAGAGGACCGCUGCAUUGAGCCUGGCUGGGUCAAGAGCCAAACAUGGACGCUUUGCAAUCUACAACCGGGUGACAUUCUCGUUUUUGGCUCCUACCUUGCCCACAAGAGUGGCGCCAACACCAGCUCCAAGGACCGACGCGCAAUUUACGCCACAUACAACCGCUUGGCUGAGGGUGACCUGCACGAUCAGUACUAUGAGGACCGCCGCAAGCUGUGGCCUGCCACGCACAUGCGGAAAGAGGGGGAGACGUAUGAGGAGGGCAGAAUGCGGUAUGGCUACGGCUCCCCGAUGCUGACGGUCGAGGGUCAACAGCCGGUACUUGCGUAA